UUUGUGCCUACGCCUCGGCCUCCCCUUCUCAUACAGGGCUGGUGCGAGGGCGGAAUGUGGGCAUUAAAGGAGACUCCAGGUGACGCGCUGAGCUCGGUGCACGGUACGGGCAGGAGCCGUCAGCUCCGCGCCCCGCAGAGCAGGAGGCUGCGCCGCAGGGCCCGGCUUCAGCCCGGCAGGCCGGCCCCGAGCCCCUGCUCAGACGGGGCUUCUAACCUCGGCUCGGCCGGUGUGUGACUGUGCUGGCUCCGGGCCGGACAGCUUUCUGCCCCGCAAAACCGGAAUAAGUGUGACUCCCCGUCAGGGUAGGUGCGGGUGUCCCGUCGUGCCUUUAAUCAGCACCGGGAAUACGAGGCGGCCGAGUCACAACAUCGCGGUGCUGUGGAGAGGUGAGAAGCAGGACGGGAGUGGCAGCCUCGAAGAGAAUCGACCGAAGAAACUCGGGAAUGAGCUCGGGACUGGGAGCUCCUUCCCGCGGAGCGUGAAGUUACAGCAGCCGUCUGCCCCGUCCUCAACUGAGACGUCCAGACCCGAAGAACAGCCGUGGGGAUGAGGCUAAAGGCAGCAGUUCAUUACACAGUCGGUUGUCUUUGUGAGGAAGUUGCAUCAGACAAAGAGAUACAGUUCAGCAAACAAACCAUUGCAGCAAUUUCGGAGAUGACUUUUCGACAGUGUGAAAAUUUUGCCAAAGACCUUGAAAUGUUUGCAAGACAUGCAAAAAGAAGUACAGUUAACACAGAAGAUGUGAAGCUCUUAGCCAGGAGGAGUAAUUCACUGUUAAAAUACAUCACAGAGAAAAAUGAGGAGAUUGCUCAGUUGAACCUAGAACGAAAGGCAAAGAAGAAAAAGAAGUCAGAGGAUCGAAACAAAAAUUCAAGGGAGUCAGCAGAGGAUGGAGAAGUGGACAAUGAAAAUUAAAGUCUCACUACUUGGAAAAAGCAGGCUUCAGCAGGUGGAGCCACCUAGAAAUGCAUAGUGCUGUUUCAGCCACCAAGUUUGGCUGCCCUUUUGCCAAACACAGAAGACUUCAAAGUCAAAUAUUGAUGCAAGGAUUGAAAGUUUUAGAUUCAGGACCAGCACCUAAGGAGACAGUCAGACUAAAACUGUGUCAAAGGCUCAGGAGCCUCAGCAAAAUUUUAAAGGGAAGAGUGUGGGAAACAAAACGGGGAGGUUAUUCCCAUCAGGGGCUGCUACAUGCACUGUUGCUGACUCCGGGCUAUGCAUUAUCUCAUGGGCAGUCCUGUAACUCUCCACCUUAAGCUGGAUGUCGUCUUGUUCCCAGACAGGAACAAGCUGUGACUUCGAAGGACGAAUGGUUGGUUCUGUAAGUUACUGAUUAGCUUUAUUACCUUGCUUUUCUUAAGCACUAAGUUCUGCAUUGUUUUCCCAUGAGCUAGGCUGUGAGUAAAAGUUACAAAAAGACUUCUUUAUGGCUAGCAUUCUGCUUAAAGCUGUAUUCUACAAAAUGGCUCUUCUAGGGCUAAUUGUCUACAACUAUUUGCUGUGGUGGGCUUUUACAUUGCCACAAAAGGAAUUUUGAAAGGAUAAAUAGAUAUUUAAAAAGAAAAAAAAAAGGCUCGGCAGCUUUUUGUAUUGUAUUCUCCAAGUUAUUAACUGAAAAAGCUAGUUUAAAAGAGACCUGGAAACUCUUAAGCAAAAUACUCCCAUGUCUUUACUCAAGCACAUAAAGAAGGUGUGUGUUUGGAUGGUAUAUAUUGGAAAUUAUAUCUAUUGUAACUAAUAAAACUGUAUUAGCAAUUAAACGUGGUUAACUUUUUCAAGCAAAAA